UUCGGUACAUCUAUCUUGACGUCGGGAAACACGGUUGAGGUAUCCGAGCGGGACAGAGCCAGCCGUGGACGGAAUGGGAAGGAUGCUGCUACUUAGCGUAGUACGUACUAGUAGCAAUCUGAUUCUAUGCAUAUUAAUAGCAAUAAGAUCGAGCCCACGAAGCCUAAUGGAACCCUAUGACACCGACACACUGAGCUCGAAAUGGCUCGAUUUGAGCUGGAAAAUGGUUCACAUUUCGAAGCCACAACGAGCGGAAUGGAGCCCCAUCGACCAUUUCCCUGGGCUUGAUUUGGCUCAGUGUGGCUCGACCGACUUUUCACUGGGAAUGAUUGUGCAUCUGCCUUUUCGAACUAAUCAUCAAACGUGUCCCGUGACGUGUAUCGACCCAAUGUCCAUGGACUAUACUCUUGCCAUUGGGGAAAAGAUUGUAUUCGCGGCUCCGACAUCCAGAUCAUGAGAGCCCGGUUGUUGAGGAUACGCCUGGUUCAACAACG